UGUUAAAAUUAAGAGUAAAAUUUUGCUGGCCACCUUUCUUCUCUUUUAGCUAUUUCCUAUUUUAGAUAUCUCCAGGCAGUUUCCUGAUUCAUACAUGAGUGAUGCUUCCUUUCUCAAAAUUCCUCUUUUACAUGUUUCUCAGGAAGAGAAACUAAUUUGAGUGUGGAAACCAGCAAAUUCACAUAAAAGAAAAUCCCUCCUGCUAUUCUGAAAAUGCAAGCUCAAAAGAAUUUUCUUCCACUCAUUGUUUCACAUGAUCUGUGGGGUUUAUGAUAAUGUGCUAGCUCUCCUGUCUCCCUUUGUUUAGCCUUUUAAAAACCUGUCUUUGGCCAGGAUUAUUAGAAGAAGGGAAUGCCAUUUGUUGUUAUGCCAGGCAUGGAUUUGCUGGGAAGGCUUUAGCUCCGUGCUAUGCACAGCAAGUGGGGAUAGCACUGCCACACUGCAUCACGUGAUGGCAGCUGUGUAGCCUCCAUUUGAGACUGGGAGCUCUGUACAUUAGCAAAGUCUACUCAAGUUUGUACAAACAGAGCUGGGCUGAACUCUGUCAACUGCCAGAGCGAUUCAGUGUGAACUAGCCGGUUAUUCUGACCUGCUGUCAUUCGUGUGAUGUUGCUCCCAAGCUAAGACAUCCUGGGUCUACAUCUUCCCAUAAAUGUGCCCCAUGAAUGCAGGACCCUGAUGUUCUGCAGUACCAAAUCCAUCUUUUAAGAUCUUGCCCCCAAAUAAAAAUUGUAUUUGUACAAUGUAAAAAUUUAUAAACAACUGAUACAUUUAUAGCUCUCCAUAGUUCUCUAACCUGGUAUUAUUAUUAUCAGGGUAAAUUUUUACUAUCUAGACAAGGAUAAGUCAUGUGAAUGUGGUAUAAAUUUAUACAUCUGGAGCUUGUAGCAUUGUUAGUAGAAACUUACAAAAGUACCCAUAUAUAUACAGGCACUGCCUUGGGCAAAAAGGUAAAUUAAAGGCGUAAGCCAAUGCUUAACAUCAUAUCAAAGAAACUUCUCUUGAAGAAAAAAAUAUCCCAUAAUAAUGUAUUACAAAUUUUCAACUUUCUAUUAACUUGAAAGCAGCUUAUGGAUAUUAUUUUACAGUUUGGGUGGUUUAACUAACUGAGCCUCUGCCUUUAUCUAAUUUGCAGUUAUUGCCAUUCACCAUUUUUACUUAGCUAAUUAAAUAUCUAGACAACAGAAAGGGUUACUUUGCAGGCAUAGACCUUAUCAUCCAAGUAAACAGUUGUGGGCAGGCAGAAGCAAGUUUGCUCCUCCCACACUUUUAGCCUGAACAAUAUGAUUUAGCUCCAGGUUCAAAGUCUUUUUAAAGCAUUGUCUGAGGACACUGCUCAAUCUGAUGCUGGAGAGCUCUUCAGUCCUUUUGUUCAUUGUCUUCCUCCUGCUUUUCAUUUUGCUGCUCUUUGUGGUACUCAUCAGGAGAAACGUCACUGCUUCCCUUCUCUGGAAUGAAAUAAUCCGGGAGAAAAUAACCAAUUUCAUCAUGAAUCAGAGCAAGGAAGAGAGGAUUUUAAAUUUUGUGCUGCAGAAUGCAGUCCGAGGAGACCCCUGUAGUGUGCUGGAAGCUAUAGAUAAGUACUGCUCCCAGAAAGAGUGGUCCAUGAAUGUGGGCAGUGAGAAAGGUUUAAUUCUAGACAAGGUAGUGGAAGAGGUCAGUCCAUCGGUUGCACUGGAGCUGGGAACAUACUGUGGCUACUCAGGAGUUAGGAUCGCUCGGCUACUGAAGGCAGGAGCUCGUCUUCUCACUGUGGAGUUCAACCCAGCAUUUGCUGCUGUAGCUAAACAGGUGUUUGAGUUUGCUGGAGUACAAGAUAAGGUAAAACUCAUAGAAGGCCCUUCAGACGAAAUUAUUCCCCAGCUGAAGAAAAAAUAUGAAGUGGAUACUGUGGAUUUUGUCUUCCUGGACCACUGGAAAGACAGAUACAAACCAGACACCAUCCUGCUUCAGGAAUGCAACUUGCUGAGGAAGGGCUCGGUUCUUCUGGCUGACAAUGUCAUCAUCCCAGGAGCUCCAGAAUUCCUUAACUAUGUCCGCAACAACUCCCAUUUCCAAUGCACUAACUACCCAGCUCAUCUGGAAUAUAUGAAAGCGAGUGAUGCUAUGGAAAAAGCUGUGUUUUUGGGAUAAAGAGGGCCAUUAAUACUCAACCUUUGUUUCAAAUGAUGUAAAUGCAACUGCACAAGUUAAUUUUUCCAUGCUUUAAAUUUUGGGGUGUGGGGUUUUUUUUAAUUUUGGAGCCUGCAAUUAAAGCAAGUGCUACUGGAGAUCAGGUGGAAACCAAGAUCCCGAGUAAGCAGGGUAACUGCUCAAAGGUCUGUUCCAUUGUUACACAUAAUUCAGCAAACCCAAGGUGCAGCACAUUGCCUUGACCAACACGUCAUCAAACACCACAGUCUGUUAUUUUGAACUCAAGCCUGAUCAACCACAGUUUGGGCUUAGGGCUAGGUGGAGCAAGUUGCUGCAACUUCUGAAGAUGUGUCCCCCCGACUGAACUCAAUCAUUAUCAAGAGUGGAAAAAAAUAUGUGUGGUGGUGUGAGAAAAGACCAUUUCAGGAGCCCUGGUUUUGCUAAAUUACCAGCAUGCCACUUAAUGCAAUGAAGGCUCCUAUUGUGAUGAGAUACAUUUCUGCAUCAUGACUACAAAAGUUAAUCACUGCUAUGUGAGAGAAAAGGGCACGCACUGAAAGAAGACAGACCCAUGCAGUGAUGAGAAAAUAGAACAGAAUUUAGCAGAACACAAAGAAAUAGGAUUAUUAAUCUGUCCAUGCAGAGGUAGGGAAAACUGAAAUAGUAAAUAGGUCAACACAGGAACAGACAGAGAAUGAAAGGAGUAGGCUCUUUCCAGAAGAACACCAAAACCUCCAAAACGACAUAAUAUUUUACUUUGAGAAAAUGCUGUUUAUGCCCUCAUAUUUACUUAUCCCCUCAUUAUAUUGUAUAUGCUUUCUAGGAACAGGGCAAGCUGCUUAUUCUGAAGUGCUGUGUAUGCUUAAGAUGCUGUAUAAAAAUAAAAACCAGAGAGAAUGGGUUUUACCAGGUGGGUGCUGCACACCCUGGUUAACCUCAGUGCUGUUACCACUAGGUGAAUAGUGAGGGUUGUUACUAAGACAAGAAGCCAAACCUGAAGUCUCUCACUCACCUGAACAAUGCAGAAGUCCACUGGCAUUCUGGCAUGUCCUGCUGUGAUUAUAUAAUGAGGCAAUGGUCGCAUUUAUAAAUAAAGCCUAAAAAACAAUAGAGCUGGCACGUGACUUCCUUUGUUUCCAGUGAAUUCUGCCACUGUGCUUGGGAUUUCCAGCCUUGGAACAGCCACAGAAAGAUCCAACAAUUGAAAAUCAGAGUGAAAAAUCACAGAUAACCACUCUCAUUUUCCCAUUAUGGAUUCUUUCAGACCUGUUAUCAGCUUCUUCCUUUUAUAGCCCACCUUACUGAAGUGGUAUCUCUCCUGGCCUGUGUGCUACAGAAAAUCCACCUCCAGGACACCAAUCAUGAGCCUAGGAGAGGAUUGCCCCACAGUAUAAAGGAAAACUAGAACAGACUAAGGUGACAGGUUAGAAAUGAACCAAGCAAACCAUGGUGACCCAGCCACCUUGUAAGCAUGUGCAUUUCACAGCAAUAUGAGAAGGCAACAUUAUGAGAGUUUCUUCAACAAUUUAAACUCUCUCACAUUGAGAAAAACGCAAGAUUCACUAUACUGGAUUAGAUUAUGCAGAGGCAGCCCUUUGUGACUCUGUUGUGCUGUCCUGUGUAGGAGCAGACCCCAAGCUCCAACACUUCCAUCUCACAAUGUGAAUAAGUUGAUUUAUUCUGUAAACUUGCUCAGUGUGUCCGCUUGGUGUUCAGGCUCAACUCAAAAUCACUGGGCCAAAGUCCUUCAGGAGAUUUCAAGCAAUUUUUGCAGAACUUGCAAAAGAAAGUAAUCUUCAAGCAGACUGACAUGCACAAGUUUCCAGAGCAUACUGGAACACCUGGAUACACACUUGCUGACCAGCAUUCUUUUAUGUACACCUAAGGUCACGACUCCAAAGAAUCCUCUUCUGUAUUUAGCUUUAAACACCUCUGCACCUAAACAGACACUCCUGCCAUAGCAGGGCACUUCACACCUACAGAUGAACAAACCAAAGUCUCAGAUACAUGCUGAAGGAUGUGAAAAUAGUAAAUUUGUAGAAUGUUCUGCACUUCACAACAGGGGAUCAGAAAAAUACAUUUCUACUGCUAGUUAAUGGCCAAAAUUACUGUCCCAGAAACUAUAAAGAAAAUCAGGGAAGGAGGGAACCUGUAGAACCAGCAUGGAUAUUCCAAAAGAUGCAUCAGUGAAUAAUGCAUGUGUAAUAUAUGUCUACAUAUAACAGCCACCUUUCAGUAUAAAAGAGGUAUUUUUAUUAAUUAGAAAGGAUCUCCCACAUGGCAAAUUGUGAAAAUAAACACAGUGUGUGUAUCAUCAGAUUAUUUACAGAAUUCCACACCAAGAACAUUUUUUCCACUUGACCACUCUUCUGAAAUGCUCUUAAUUAUUGGUGGCAAGGGAUGAAAAGGAAAAAGCCUGACUUAGUUUGCAUGACAGACAAGUAGAAAAAAGGCUUUUGGUCAGUUGAGCAAAUAUGAUCUGGAGUCACUGACACAUAAAUAUGAAACCUCCCCAGGACAAGAGUUACUUUGGAAAAUAAAGGAAUGCUUUGAAUGCUGGCAGAACCAAAACGUGGGCAGUGGAUCUUCUAAUUAAAAUAUAUUCUAAAAACCUGCUUAGUGUUACUGCAACAUCAGCCUAUUGCAAUUAGAAGACACAACCUAUUCUUUCACAAAUCAGGUAUGCAACUGUGCAUCUGGAAGCAUGUGUUUAAAGAGCACCCACUGAGAGUGUAUCACAGAUAGAAAGCUCCCAAUGGAAAGAACUCUCUUAAAACAACACAUUGCCUCCAGCAAAUUCUCACAACUCAUGUCACAAAUGGUUGAUGCCACCAAAUACUGGUAAUUGAGAUCUAUUCUCCAAAUGACAGCUAUUCUUUAGCUUCUCUUCAUGACUCAGGCAACACCUGAAAGAGAGGUCUGGUUUCUGCAAGAGCCUCUUUGUUACCUCAGAAGGACGUGAUGUUGUCUUUCAAAAUAUAUAUAUUGCAGUGAUGCAUGCUUACUUGGUUGAGUAGGCAAUUAGGAAUUAGUUAUAUGGUAUGUUAUGAAUAACAGCUAACUACAUUUGCUGUGCAUGUACAUUAAACAUAGUAAAAGUUUUUGUCUUUGCCUCUGGCUCUACAGCUGACAGUCCCCUUAUAAAACAACUUCCCACUGCAAAAACAACCCUCUGUCAGCUUGUACCAGAAUGGGAUUCUGCCAUUGCUGUGCUUCAGCUGCUCAGAGACCUUCACAGUAAGACACUGGGGAAGAGACCUCUGAGGACAGAAUAUUCCCCCAAGACACUGCUGAAACCUGAAACAGAUGAGGACUGUAAUAUUUCUUGCCUGUUGUUACCAGGUUAAUCUUUCACCUGCAGAACUCACUGCUUCCAUGUGCCCAACCUGUGAUAAGCUGGAAAUGAAAUCACUUUGACAGCUACAAAAGGUCAAUUGUAGAAACAACAUAUUUGUUUUAGCUCAGUACCUUACCUACAGCAUCUGCUUUUCAUUGUUGUAUUAGUGUAUCCAUAAAGGAAAAAACAGAUUCCUCAUUGCAGCAGAACACUGACAAUACCAAGGAGCAUGAUGCCCAGAAGCCCCCGUCUUACCACAGCACUUGUGAAACGAAAUCCUGCAGCUGCAAGAACAGAACCUGGAGAUAAUUUUACAGAACUGCUGAAGAUGCAUUCAGGACAUCUGAAAUAAAGAGGGAAGGCAAGCUGAAGAUGACCUUUCAAGCGCUGUUUGCAAGCAUUUGCGAGUAAAUGGAACCUUAAGGUAGUGCUGUGGAUGGUACAAACAGGAAUUGAACACAUGGCAACUUUUGUUACUACGUUUCCACUCACAGAAAACCUGACCUACACUCUACCUGUAAGACAGACACUGUGUCAAGAUUUACUGGGCUUUGCCAUGCUUUAUGCAGGCAUGGUGGUCACUGUGAUGUGUUUCGGCGCAGCCUCCCUACUGAUCUUACCAACACAGAUGAACGUGCCAGGAAAAGGCAGUCUGAAAAUGAAUUAGGAUCUGUCAGUAACCAGCUGUUACUUGAAAUACAUGGUUGACUUCUCAGUACCAGGAUUUUUUUCCCCCACACGACGACAAAUGUAAAUUAUUUGGCGCAUUCCCAAAAUAACAAUUUCUUAUGCCAACCAAAUGGCACACAUCACUGCAAUAAAGAUUUUCUGUUAUUCUUACAUUUAUGAGAAUACUUACACAUAUUUCAGAAAUGGGAAAUCUUUGUAAAGUUACAUGGAUUUUAUGACUAAAUUGUGAAAGGCUACUAACUUCCCAAAUGGAAAAGCCAUCAGCAAGCUAGGCUUGUGGACACAAAUGUGCAGGCCUUUGAACAGUGAUGCAGAUGUCUCUCCCACAGAAAUAUAAUUGUGUAUUAAAAAGGACAAAACCACCAUGAUCUACAGUCCAGGGUCGUGCUGCAACUCCAGCAUAGGGCAAUGAAUCAAAAUAUUUUCAGGUAUACUAGUUUGGAGGAUAUUCCAAUUGCCCUCAUUACCAAUGACCUUUUACUAACACUGAGUACAGUGA